AUAAGGCCAAGUAAGAGGUGCGAGAAAGCCGAAGGCCCUGCCUUGAUAAAGCCAGCACGACUCUUAACCAGAAAUUUCCUAUACGAGAUUAAAAUCUCUCCAUAACAGCCCGCCCGAACAUCGGACAAGGCAGCAGGAGAACUAUUGCAGCUUGUUCGCGAGACUUGUAGCUUGCCCAUCAUGCGCACGACUCUUCGGCUCCUUGCCAACGUCAGGCAAGCUUGGUAUUUGGAGCCUGGCACGCCAACCGGUCUUACUGGUCUAUGGACGCAUAACAAUCCGAGGUCGGCGCUUCUCUACAUCUACAGUAACACGCUCGAGAAAUUAAAGUCUUUCCCCGAAUCAUCGCUCUAUCGGCAGUCAGUCGAGUCUUUUACCAAGCACCGUCUUGCCAUUGUCGAAGGCAUGACUCCCCCGGGCUACGAUGCCUGGAAGACGGAGACAAACGAGCUGUCUCGCAUUUUGGACAACAACCCCGAAGGCUUUCGUGUUGCCAGUGGGCGUGUGGAUGGGAGCGAAGCCAAGAUCGUGAAAUUGGGGAACAAAACAUUCGUCGUACGGAGGCAACACGAAGAGGGCGAUAUUCGACUGGAGGAGUGGGAUGGCGAGGCUGACGAAGGCCCGGGUACCGAGGGCCUUCGGACUGAAGAAGAGAGAGCCAACUUGCGGGUCCUAGCCGAACGAAAGGACCUAAGAGACGUGUCUCCGUUGCAAUGGAAAGAGGAGCCGCAGCUGACAGCUGACCAGAUCUCGAAACUUGAAACCAAACUCGGUGCUGGUUUGAUUGAGGAGGUCAUUCAAGUAGCUGAAGGGGAGCUUCAGCUGGUUGACACCAUGCUUAAAGCGAGGGUGUGGGAGGAAUUGGAAGAAAAGCCCGCAGGUGACCAGUGGAUCUACAGUGAGCGUGAUUCUCAGUAGGUUCACUUGCUUCACCAAGUUACUUUGUGAUAUAGGGAUGUGUAUACUACUUUCGGUCGAAUGCCCGUUAUCUAUGAUAUCGAUUUUACGUAGCUUGACGAUAUCCGGGUUGACAAGCAGGAAGGCUCUCAUAAAAACCAGAGUUCUCCGUGGAAAGAAGGGGCACCUCCUCCUUCAGCCCGUUUUCGGGUGCCUUGUUCUGAUAACUGAUUCGAAUAUCAACAACGAUUCAGGGCGUUUUCACUAAAGCAGGCAGCUUCUGGGUUAUAUUCCUCCCACCAUCGAGUAGAUCUGUCAGCUGCCGAUCAUAGGUAGAGAAUGGAGUCCGUCGCAGCCAUUUUACAACGAAGUGAUCUGUCCCUUCCAUCCCCAGGCCACGAUGUAGUGGCCAGCAAG